CGCUGUAAAGUACAAAUUUAGCCAUUUCGCUCGCGCGCGAACCAACGUAUACAUACAGCACUCGCGAGGCGCCUGGAACGAAAGUUCACCGAGUGCGCGCGCGAGUUUCGCGCUUUACGAGCAAACUUACCGCGCAUCCAUUUCCCGCAAGUUCUCUGCUGCUGUAAUCUAAUUUAACAAAGAGUCUUUUGUCCUAAUGAAAUUAUUUAUUAUUUGCUGCCCCUGAUGUAUCGUCGCGCUUAUUUGCACGCGGUAGAAUCGUGGUCACGUGAUCAAUUUCAAACUUGAUGUAGAAUCGUCAGUGUUCCAUUGCAGAAAAUUUCGUUGAAAAAAUCUCGUACAUAGAAAUUCCACCGUAUACGGAGAGAGUAUAUAGGUACUUUCUCGAAUUCGCGAGAUAUUUCACCUAUACACGUGCACAACGAUCAACAAUUGCGCAACGCCUCGAGACUGUAUAUAAUAAGGAAACGAGCGAGCAAACAAAUCGCGCGCGAGCGAGCGAGGCCAAGUUCAUAGCGCUCGCACGGAAAGAUAAGGAGCGUUUGGAUGUGUAUAGGUGUUUCACCGAGCGAUUUACGACUUUCGCGCUCGUCGCUUUCUUGGAAACGCGCGAAAAUAGUGCGACGCUAGGUAUGAGAUGAGGCUCGUUUGUGUACUGGAAGGAUGUGCGAAAAGGGGGAAACGAAAAAUGCUGCACGUGGAUGAGCAAAGUUUAUCAGGAGAAAUGACGAUUUUUCUCAAUCGAGAGCUUCUUAUCGGAUUUAAGAAAGUUGCAUUGUCUCACAAGCGACUAUUCGCGAUCGAUUGCGUCAGUGAAACACUAUAUGCAUCGCGUUGAUACGAUCCAAUAAAGUGUAGAAAUUUAUCGCCUCGAUAAAAUGUAUGUCUCUUUCACCUAAUCGGUAAAUGUAAUCCCUUUUAUCCCCAAUCGACUUGGUAUUUUCUCCAAAGUAACGAAAAAAUCCACUGCAAAUCCCUAGCUCUUCCGUGAAGCGAACGUUCAAUUGAAAAAUAUGAUCCUCGGCAAUUUUCUAAACAGCCGAUUACGCGCGCGAUCCUAUUGUGCAAUUUGUUUCAAAGCUCGGCAAAUAUCCCAUUAGCUUACGGCCAGAUAAAUGGCGCGUCGCAUCGGCGAUAUACCUAGAUAACUUCUCCCGAUAAGGCGCGAACUUUAUUUGUAUAAAACGACUUUGUGCCGAGGCGAUAGAUCAGUUUCCUAGUUGUUCGAAGGUGUAAUUGGUGCUCGGUACCGAUUUACAAGGAAAUUCAAGCCGACAUGCAGAAGCUCACCUUCACCCUGAUCCUGCUGCUGAGCAUCGCAGCCAGCCUGGCAGUUAACUCAACCACCCCAGCCUCCCCUGAACCGGAGAUAACAAUAGGGGAAGGUUCAGGUUCGUCCGAGGACGAUACCACCCCAGCUCCAACGACUACCGAACGCCCUGACUCUCUGGACUGUCAAGGCGAGUGUCCCGGCGAAGACCCGAUCGAAACCUCGGUAUACCUUGCUCACCUGGACUGCGAGAAGUUCUGCCAAUGCAGCAACGGUCGAGCCAUCGUUCUUCAUUGUCCAGCGCACCUACAGUUCAACACUGAUUUGAACGUUUGCGACUGGCCGGAUUCCGCUAAUUGCACUGGAAUAGGUGGAGUCUUGGAGCAGCCGGAAGUGCCGCCUGUAAAUUCCAUACUGGUGGAUAUUGCGAACUAGGUAGAUUUAGAUGAGUAGAGGGUGCGAUUUGAAGAGGUGGAUCUGUGGGAGAACUAAUUGUAUCAUAAAAUGAGAAGAUUUGUAUUGUAAUGUAGUGAGAAAGGACUCGAGAGAAAUUAUUUGGAUUGUUGAGAAAUAUGAUGUGUGUUAUUUUUGUAGAUAGCCGAAUUUUAGUAUGCAGUUGUAUUCAAUAAAAAUAGGUGUAAAAUUAA